AGUAUGUUGACACUGUAGGUCUGAAAGUGUGUGUAGGGGGAUGUGUACGUGCUCUCAGAUUGUGUUGCGAAACAAAGAUUCUCUGAGCUGAGAGGUUUGUGGGUGGACACUCUGUGACGAUGCACCUAUAGGGUGAAUUUAUAAAACUGCCAGCCCAAGAAUGAUGGAAUGAAGCUUGAUUCUAGACAUUAUCUCAAGUCUCGAUAAUCAAUUUUGGAUUUACUUCUUCCAAUAAAACAAUUAAAUACUGCAAGUGCAAGCAGAGUAUAAGCCAUGGGAGACUGGGGUUUUCUCUCCAAACUACUCGACAAGGUGCAGUCCCACUCCACCAGCAUUGGGAAGGUGUGGCUGACUGUGCUUUUAAUCUUCAGGAUCAUGGUUCUUGGAGCUGGAGUAGAUAAAGUGUGGGGCGAUGAGCAGUCUGGCAUGGUGUGCAACAUCAACACGCCUGGAUGCAAGAACGUGUGCUACGACAAAGCCUUCCCGAUUUCCCACACCCGCUUCUGGGUUCUCCAGAUCCUUUUCGUGUCCUUACCCACUUUGAUCUACCUGGGCUACGUCCUGCACGUCAUCCACAAAGAGAACAAAAUAAGGCAGAAGCUCCAAAACCAGGCCGAGAAGCGAGGGCUGAAGCUGCCCAAAUACACGGAUGACAACGGAAAGCUUCGCUAUAAAGGAAACCUCUUGUGCGUUUAUGUAACUUGCAUAUUAGUGACCAUUUUGUUUGAAGCAGCUUUCAUCGUGGGGCAGUACUAUUUGUACGGUUUUGUGAUGAAUCCUCAGCUCAAGUGCAGUACCAAUCCAUGUCCUAGCCAUGGAGUAGAGUGCUUCAUGUCCCGUCCCACUGAGAAGACCAUCUUCAUCAUCUUCAUGCUGGUGGUGGGCUGCGUGUCUCUAGUUUUGAACAUAGCGGAGAUAUUUUAUCUGAUUGGUCGAGCUACCAUGUACAGAAAGUAUCCACCAAUUAGUCCAGCUGAUGAACAUAAAUCAUUGACCACUGAGAAAUUUUGCUGAGAUGAGUGCGAAACUGUUCUGGUUUCACACUAUUUAAAAAAAGCUUUCUAAAAGGUUUUUUUGAUUGGAUAGAUGGUACUAGGAAGAACCACAGGUGUAGAACAUUUGCAUUAUCUAUGUAAUAUAAUUAAAGAACCAUGCACCAAAAGUGGUCUUUCUCGCCAAAAAGCCCUUUUUGAAACCAUUAUUUUUUAGAUUCUACUCUAUUGUAAAUAGUUAUAUCUGAAGAAGAUGUAGAUGUUGAAGCACCUCCACAUUGAAAGAGUUUAUGAGCUCUUUACCAUAAUGUCAUGCACUACUGUUGUUCUUAAUGAAAAGAAUGGACAUUCAUGUCUGCUUUCUGUAGCUUCUUUUAAUUUUCCAUUUUUCUUAGACGAGUAUUCAUCCACUGAAUAAGAUCUAAAUGCACUUGUAUUUCUUGUCUUAUCCGCUACUUCAGAUGUUUUUGAAUGUAUAAUUGUUCACCAACUAUUUUGUAUAAAUUUUUCUAGAUAUUUUCUGCUUUUAUGAAACUUUUACCAAAGUCAUGUCAUCACAACCAAUUAAAACACAGGUCUAUCAUCACAUCAUGGCAUCAUAUGACAGAAUGUGUUGUAAAAAAAGAAAUACAUAGUCAUUCUUAUUCUGUA